AUGGAAGAAGUGAGGCAAUUGGUGCAGGAGGAAGGUAGGGAGGCAAGAAACUUAGUGGCGUAUCACGUUACCGUGGAAACCCCAGCUUCUAAGUUAUCUCGUAAACCUCCUCGUGCAUAUCCACCUCCACCAAGACCACCAGUUCGAACAACACGGCUCCGGUCAGCAUCUGCAGGCCGAGAUAAACGAUCUGAGCUCCGUGCACGAUACUGGGCAUUGUUAUUUGGUGAUUUGCAAAGAGCUAUUGGUGAAAUAUACAACACUGUUCAAGCAAAUGAAAAUCUCAAUGAGUGCCAAGAAGUGAUACUUGUUUUAGAGAACUACACACGCGAUUUCAAGGCUUUAGCCGAGUGGUUUAGAGUUAAGUGGGAUUAUGAUAACACCCCUCCACCGCAAAGACCACAGAGCCUAGCAUGGGAGAUUAGAAAGACUGAUUUUGUUAAGCCAGAACCAAAACGCGCAUAUUCAGUUAAAAGUUCCCCUACAGUGUCAGGCAAAAACAGCCCAUCAUUCUCCGGAUAUAAUACACCUAGUGGAAAAAACAGCCCUAACCCUACUGGGAAAGUGAGUCCAGGAAGUGGAAAAAUAAGCCCUAGGGUUGCUUCAGGCCAUUCCAGUACCAGUCCUAAGGCAAAUAUUGAGUUCUUUAGCAACAAAAUCAAUACUUCUAAAAUUACUGCUAAACCUGAGCCAAAAAUUGCAAAAGAACUGUCUAGACUUUCAGAUAUCAAGGAAAAAGAUGUUAAAGAAAUAUGCGAGGAUGCUAAAGUAUAUGAAAAAAAGGAUGAUAUGGAUAUAUUAAAACCGAAAGUGGUGGAAAUAGGACAUGCCAAACUUAGUCCUUGUGCAUCUCCAAAGUUGGUGGUCAUUAAGUCACCAAAAUCCUUGACAAAAAAGGAGAAUGUUAAUAACAAAGUUCAGGAUAUGUCAAACCAUGCUCAGUCAACUGUUGACAAACUUAAUGUCAUGGAAAAUGAGUUCUUAAAAAAACAAAUUAUGGAAAAUAAAGCAAAAAAUGAUAUUAUGAUCAACAAUGGCAUAGAGGCUGACAAGCCUUUUAAUAAUUGUGAUUCUAUUGAAAAGGAUUGCUCGGAUUCAAAUGUAAAAAACAAUAGCCAGGUAGUGAUUGUCGAUGCUGAUAAACCUGCCAUUGGUGGUAUUAAAAUUGCUAUUGAGAAUGAAAAAACAGCGGAUAAAACUGCCGAAGAACGGCGCACGGAGACUUCUAUAAUUGAAAAAGAAAUUGAAGGAGAGAAAAUAAGUGAGCAAGACUUAUUGCUCGAACAAGUGUUUAUUGAAAAUGACUUAAUUUCGAAUGCACCGAAGGACAGUCAAAUUCUUGAAAAUAAAGAUGAGGGCACAGAUUCUACUGGUCAAAAAGAUUUUGAACUCAACAAAAAUAAUUCUGAGGUGGUAGUAGAGGAAGAGGUUGAAAAAACAACUAGUAGUACGUAUGAAACUGACAAAAACUCCAAAAAGGACACAGACAUGAAAAAGCCCGAGGCUAAGUUUUCCAAGCCAGCAUACUCUCAAGCAGCUGCUAAGCCUAAAGCAACAAGCCAGACAGAAAAACCAAUAAAAGCAGAAACUAAAAUGCCUAUAAAAUUAGCUAGAAGCUCAACAGUUGUAGAACUACGUCCACCGACAGUCAAAACUCAGAGGCCUUUUCAGAAAAGAGCUCAAACGAGCAAAUGCAGUUAUCCAUUUAAUUUAACCACCGGAAGACCAAGCCUUUUCGAUACAGUUCCAUCUACUUCAAUCAACAGAGGACAAAUUGUAACAAAGAAAACGUCAAUUAGAACUAUCCACAUGGGAUCGGGUGACGCCAAAUCGGGAAAUAGAUUAAACCUUAGAACUCGCCCACGGCCUUCCUCUUUAAGACUUAAUGAAAAGGGUGAUAAACGUGAAAACGUAAGCGUCUUCAUUGAAAAAUCAGUCGAAAAUCCUAUUGCAAUCGAUAUGGUUAGAAAUGAAUCGAAUGAAAGUAUUAAAACACUCGUUCCUGAAGAUUUGCAGGCAACGCAAGAUAUAAACUCUUCAGGAGUUAAUAUGUACAGUAAAAAUGAUAACGAUGGGUGGUUAACAGUGAAAUCAAGGCGAGAAUCUAAAAAGCAAUCCAAAAGCCACUGGGCUAAUCGCUUCCGUCAACCGACAGCUACGGCAAGUCUUCCAACAUUAAACAUGUUAGAAUCGCCCAAAGAAGAAAACCCUAUAUCGAUUGAUAUUAAAGACAGCGGUGACCGUGCUAAAUCCGAACAACCACGAAAGGUUGAAAAAGAAAAAAAGGCUAUAAAAUCUAGCAAGAAAUCUGAAAAAAGAGAUCCUACAAUGAGGCGACAAAAAUCUGAUAUUACCGGACUGAAAACGCGCUCAUCAAAAAACAAAGUGCUGACGAAAAAAGCUGAAAAAGCCAAAAGCGUCUCCAAAGAAAAAAAUCGCUUACACUCCUCUCUGGAAAGUCUUACCAUGGGCUUAACACGAUCUGAAGAAAGUGUACACCAAGAGUUUGAUUUUGAUAAAUGGAAGGCUGAAUUUAAAUCGACAUUUAAUUUUUUGGAAGAAGACGAUCACAUCUCUGAUCACAACGAAAUAUUAAAGACCGCCGAUCCAUCUGAAAUGUCGGAAAUCGCGGAAAUGACGUCGCAAAUUGAGGAGAACGAACGGAAGAUUAGUUUGGCUUUAGAUUUUCAGUCGGAAGUCGACCAGCGUAAGCUUUGCGAAGAAGAAGAUCUUUUGAACAGGCAAAUCAUGGAGCUACAACAGGUGUCUGACAUCGAUCUUGACACGGAAACUGAUGAUACUGAGACUGACGCAGAAAUCCCCUUAGAAGAACCGGCUUCCACCCCAGUGCCGAUGCCAGAAGGCCUGGGGUCUCUUACGGCCAGCCUAGAAGACCAGUACGAAACGGCCUUAGCCGGGAUGUCCUGGGCCGAAAGAGUUGAUACGCUCGUGGUGUUGGAGGCCCUCGUGGCUAGGGAUCCUGGUAGGGCUCAGCAAUUGCACGCUAAGCUUUCUCAAGGCAUAAAACGACGAGGGAGUCUACAAGAUGCUUUAAGAAGAUUACAGGCAAAACAAGCUCGAGCGGAAAGACAGCGCAUGUCGUAUCAGACGGAGAGGGCUAAACGCAUUCAUCAGCUAUUGGCCAGGGUGGAGGAAGUGAAGCUCGCUAAGAACCAGUUGAUAGAAGAAAAGAAGUUGAGAAUGGAGCGCCGUCUGCAAAAGGCUGCUGAAAACCGCGAUCAGCACUUGAAGGAUAUAGUUCGCAAAGCCCACGACGAAGAGGAGAAACUGCGUGAGAUUGCGUUCAUUAAACAAUUAGAAGCGGAGAAUCGAAGGCACGAAUUCCUGGAUCAGUGCAAGUCGUUAACCACUCGACUUCGGCAAAUGAGACGUGACCGACUUACUAAACUUGAACAAAAAGCAGCUCGCGAAGCAGCCGUCGGAGCUCGGAGACAAGCCUUAGAAGCGGCUAGAAAACUUCAAAUGGAGACCUUAUUAGAGAAGAGAAAAGAGAGGGAUGCAAGAUUGGAAGAGAUGAAGGAGCAAAAGAAACAGGAGAGGGACGAUGCGGCGAGGGAGAAGGCGGAAGCAGUAAAAUCUCGAUUAUCAGCCCUUGCGGAAGCAGCAGAAUUGGAAGCCGACGCUCUCAGGUCUCGGAUCCGGGACAAGCAGGAUGCUAGCCAAUUGCGACACACGUCUCACUUGCAGGCUAUAAGGGAGAAGGCCACCGGACCAAGGCAACCGACGACAUCCGAAAGUCAUGACAAAGAUUCCCUAGAUGAAGCUAAAAAAGAAGAGUUGGAGAAGAAAGAAAAAGAUAGGCUCAAGUUUGCUAAGAAGAAAGCUAGGAAGAUGAAACAAAAACUUCUGGCCAACGGUACAACUUUAACAAUAUUCGACAGUUAUUCAAUAAACCCAAUAGAAAAAUUAUUAACUUCGCCGUCUAUUGUAAAAACCAACAAACUAGUCUGUCAAUUAAUUAGUAUCCUUCAAAAUAUAACGGAUAGUAUUCAAAAUGAUAUCAGUGCGGAACCUAAAAAGAAAGCUAAAAAUAAAAAUGGAAAGAAUAUAGACGGUAGUGAAAAUAAUAAUAAAAAUCUAACAGCAGAUGGUAAAACUUUAGAGAUAGUGAAUAAUGAACUGAAUGGCAUUAUAUCAACAAAUAAUAAUAACGACGAUAAAUUCGAUACUCCUAACGGUCCUGGAAAAAACAAAAAGAAAAAGAAAAAAUCAGAGAACGAAGAAAAAUUAGCAAACGGUGUCGAAACAAAUAAAAAGAAAAAUCUUAAUAAAAAAGAUGCUGAUUCGGAAUCGUCUUGCAGCAGACGAAAGAAGAAGAAGAACAAAGAUGUAAUAACAGAGUUUGACUUUGACUUAGAAGAAGAUAAUAAGAAGAGAAGGAAACGCAAUAGAAAUAGUGAAAUUGCGAAUCUCUUGAAUGACAUAAAUAAAUGUAGAGCCCGCAAAGAUAAUAUCUUUGUGGAUGGACCCGGUAUCGAGAAAUUAUUCAACGAAUUAAAUAGAAACGUGGAGAGAUUGGAGCCGGAUACGACAGAUAAUGCAGCUCUGCACAGAUACUGGGCCGUCAAAGUCGCGUGCCAACUGCUAGAACUUGUGGCUGAUAGAGAAGAUAUCGCUGCCUCUAUCUCUACCAAGUGCGUCACAGUGGCUGUGACCUUAAUAUCUCGUACGCUGAGCUCUUGUCCGAUUAUGGGUUCGCAACUCGCCGCCACAAAUAUGACUGUACAUCUAAUCACACUGUUGGAACAAGUUGACAGAGAAGGCAUGUCACAGUCGAAGCGAUCGGAACUAACUCGGCUGUUAGCUGAUAGCCUGUCUGUCGCCUUUGAUUCCGUGCUCUGCAUGUCCAGGAUUUACGAGGAGUCCCCGAAAAACAACGAUGCUGAAAGUCUUUGCCUCUUCAGGAGUCGGACGCACCAGUAUAUCACGUGA